CUAAAACUAUUGAGGGUUCAAUGGAUUUAUAUUAACAUUUCAUACUUCACUUCAUCUCCAGUUUUUCAACAUAAUAAGAAGAAUCAUAACGAAAAUUGCCCAUCUUAUCUAUAUUUCUGGCCUUAGCAAUGAAAUAAUGAAAACUCGUUGUUGCUCCCCAUUCCCUCUGUUUUGGAUUCUUUAAUUCUAUUUUCUUCUCCUCAGCACUUGACAGAUAAUUCCAAUUUCCUCUUUAUCACCAACGUAUUAUACACCAGUCCAAUAACAACUCUGCUUUGCCACUCUCACUCUCUUCUACACACAAACAGAGAUGUCAUCUACACUACCAUUAUGUUUCAAAUUCAACCAGCCCCAAUCUUUUCCAUAUCUCAAGCCGCCUACUUUUUCUUGUACUUUUCAGUACAAUCUCACGCGGAAUACUCAUAUUUGCUUUACAUUUUCAUCUUCCAACUCAAACAGCAGCAACCCUUUAAACUACGGACCUCAAGAUGAGGCUAGGUGGCACAGGGAAGAGCAGAGGUGGCUCAGAGAGGAGCAGAGGUGGCUCCGCGAGGAGCAGCGGUGGCAGGCUGAAAGGCUAGCUUUGUUAAAUGAAAUUCAGAGGCUGAAUCUCCGUGUACAAGAGCUUGAACAACUGAAUUCUGUGCAAGAAACUUCACUCUCUGAAACUAUAGCAAACAUUGCUAAGUUGUUGCAGGUCUUGAAGGAGGGGGACUUGGGGAAGAGUAUCAAUAAAAUUCCAGAGAGCAGAGCAGGUGCUCUGCCGUUUGGUGUAGAAACAGCACAGAAAGUGGAGGAAAUGGUUGUGAAGGAAGUUGUUGAAGUUCCUGAAAAGGAAAACAAUGGAAAUAAGAGGGUAACGUUAAGGAUGGGAUCCGAAGGAGAUGAUGUUGAAGCAAUGCAGGAGGCACUGCUAAAACUAGGAUUUUAUUCUGGUGAGGAAGACAUGGAAUUUUCCAGCUUCUCAACUGGGACUGAACGUGCUGUCAAAACUUGGCAAGCUAGUUUAGGUGCCCCAGAAGAUGGUAUCAUGACAGCAGAACUUCUUGAAAGACUAUACAUUGAGCAAAAUAGGGGGACUCCUAGCUUUACUGGAGGAAAAGGUCCAGAAGAUUCGAGUACUACUAACCCUGAGGAGAAUGGUGCAAAUGGAGCUGCAACAGCUUCAAUAACUGAAAUUUCAGAAGUUAAGGAAACAGUAGUUGGCAAAGAUGGUGUGACAGGAAUUAACAUGUCUGAACAUCGAGUUUUUCUUCUUGGAGAGAACCGAUGGGAAGAACCUUCAAGACUAGCAGGGAGAAACAAACAACCUGAAACCAAGAUUGGUAGCGGUAAAACCAUGACAAAGUGUCCUUCUUGUCAUGGAGAAGGCCGCUUGUUAUGCAUGGAAUGUGAUGGAACUGGUGAGCCAAACGUUGAGCCACAGUUUCUGGAAUGGGUAGAGGAAGGAGCAAAGUGUCCAUAUUGUGAAGGUCUAGGACACACAACUUGUGAUGUAUGUGAAGGAAGAAAGGUCAUUGAGGCAUAAUCCAUACUCCUUCACGUCUUUUCCAUAGAGAUACUUAUUCUUGCUUCGAUUGAAUUUGUAGAUUUUUAGGUUAUAAGAUGUAUAGGUCCAAUUUAUGAAUGAACUUUGUCUCCCUUAUUAACUUUAAUAGUUGUCACGUCACACAUA